GGCCACUCCGCGCCUGCGCAGGAGAGUCGGGAGGCUCGGUUUGCGGGCUCCGGGCGCUAGCUCCUGUCAGUCGGUGGGUCGGUCCUCCCGCCGGCCCUCCCCCUCCGCGUCCUCCGGGGGAGGCGCGGCGGAGUCCGCCCCCGGGAUCCCCCGAUGGGGGAGAAGCGGCGACGGCGGCAACGGAAUAACCGAGCCGGAGCGUGAGCGGCCCCGGGGCCCGGCUGCCCGCGGAGGCCAUGGGCGACCCAGCCCCCGCCCGCAGCCUGGACGACAUCGACCUGUCCGCCCUGCGGGACCCUGCUGGAAUCUUCGAGCUGGUGGAAGUGGUCGGCAAUGGAACGUACGGACAGGUGUACAAGGGUCGGCACGUCAAGACUGGGCAGCUGGCUGCCAUCAAGGUCAUGGACGUCACGGAGGAUGAGGAGGAGGAGAUCAAACAGGAGAUCAACAUGCUGAAGAAAUACUCUCACCACCGCAACAUUGCCACCUACUACGGGGCCUUCAUAAAGAAGAGCCCCCCCGGGAAUGAUGACCAGCUCUGGCUGGUGAUGGAGUUCUGUGGUGCUGGUUCCGUGACAGACCUGGUAAAGAACACGAAAGGGAACGCUCUGAAAGAAGACUGUAUCGCCUACAUCUGCAGGGAGAUUCUCCGGGGUUUGGCCCAUCUCCAUGCCCACAAGGUGAUCCAUCGGGACAUCAAGGGGCAGAACGUGCUGCUGACGGAGAACGCCGAGGUCAAGCUAGUGGAUUUUGGGGUGAGUGCUCAGCUGGACCGCACUGUGGGCAGGCGGAACACUUUCAUCGGGACCCCCUACUGGAUGGCCCCGGAGGUCAUCGCCUGUGACGAGAACCCUGACGCUACCUACGACUACAGGAGUGACAUUUGGUCUCUAGGAAUCACAGCCAUCGAGAUGGCAGAGGGGGCCCCCCCUCUGUGCGACAUGCAUCCCAUGCGAGCCCUCUUCCUCAUCCCCCGGAACCCACCCCCCAGACUCAAGUCCAAGAAAUGGUCUAAGAAGUUCACCGACUUCAUUGACACGUGUCUCAUCAAGACCUACCUGAGCCGCCCGCCCACGGAGCAGCUGCUCAAGUUCCCGUUCAUCCGUGACCAGCCCACGGAGCGGCAGGUCCGCAUCCAGCUCAAGGAUCACAUCGACCGCUCCCGGAAGAAGCGAGGCGAGAAAGAGGAGACGGAGUACGAGUACAGCGGCAGCGAGGAGGAGGACGACAGCCACGGGGAGGAAGGCGAGCCCAGCUCCAUAAUGAACGUGCCCGGGGAGUCGACGCUGCGCCGGGAGUUUCUGCGGCUGCAGCAGGAGAACAAGAGCAACUCGGAGGCCCUGAAGCAGCAGCUGCAGCAGCAGCAGCAGCGCGACCCCGAGGCGCACAUCAAGCACCUCCUGCACCAGCGCCAGCGCCGCAUCGAGGAGCAGAAGGAGGAGCGGCGGCGCGUGGAGGAGCAACAGCGGCGGGAGCGGGAGCAGCGGAAGCUGCAGGAGAAGGAGCAGCAGAGGCUCGGGGACAUGCAGGCCCUGCGGCGGGAGGAGGAGCGGCGGCAGGCCGAGCGGGAGCAGGAGUAUAUCCGUCACAGGCUGGAGGAGGAGCAGCGGCAGCUCGAGAUCCUCCAGCAACAGCUGCUCCAAGAACAGGCCCUGCUGCUGGAGUACAAGCGGAAGCAGCUGGAGGAGCAGCGGCAGUCCGAGCGGCUCCAGAGGCAGCUGCAGCAGGAGCACGCCUACCUCAAGUCCCUCCAGCAGCAGCAAGGCCUGCCCGGGGACAGGAAGCCACUGUACCACUACGGCCGGGGCGUCAGUCCCGCCGACAAGCCGGCCUGGGCCCGAGAGGUCGAGGAGCGAACGAGGAUGAACAAGCAGCAGAACUCCCCCUUGGCCAAGACCAAGCCCAGCAGCACAGGGCCUGAGCCCACCCUCCCCCAGGCCGCCCCCGGGCCCCCGGGCCCCCUUUCCCAAACUCCUCCUAUGCAGAGGCCCGUGGAGCCCCAGGAGGGACCGCACAAGAGCCUGGUGGCGCACCGGGUCCCACUGAAGCCAUAUGCAGCGCCUGUACCCCGAUCCCAGUCCCUGCAGGACCAGCCCACCCGAAACCUGGCUGCCUUCCCAGCCUCCCCUGAGCCCGACCCCGCCAUCCCCACGCCCACUGCCACGCCUAGCGCCCGAGGAGCCGUCAUCCGCCAGAAUUCAGAUCCCACCUCCGAAGGGCCUGGCCCCAGCCCAAACCCCCCAGCCUGGGUCCGGCCUGACCCUGAGGCCCCCCCCAAGGUGCCUCAGAGGACCUCCUCCAUCGCUGCCGCCCUCAACACCAGUGGGGCUGGAGGGGCCCGGCCCACUCAGGCUGUCCGCGCCAGACCUCGCAGCAACUCCGCCUGGCAAAUCUAUCUGCAAAGGCGGGCAGAGCGGGGCACCCCCAAGCCUCCAGGGUCCCCUGCUCAGCCCCCUGGCCCGCCCAACGCCUGUAGCAACCCUGACCUCAGGAGGAGCGACCCUGGCUGGGAGCGCCCAGAAGGCGCCCUCCCCUCUCAUGGGCACCUGCCCCAGGCUGGCUCGCUGGAGCGGAACCGCGUGGGAGCCUCCUCCAAACUGGAUAGCUCCCCAGUGCUCUCCCCCGGCCACAAAGCCAAGCCUGAGGACCACCGCUCCCGGCCAGGCCGGCCCGCAAGCUAUAAGCGCGCCAUUGGUGAGGAUUUCGUGCUGUUGAAAGAGCGAGCCCUGGACGAGGCCCCGCGGCCUCCCAAGAAGGCCAUGGACUACUCGUCGUCCAGCGAGGAGGUGGAGAGCAGCGAAGACGAGGAGGAAAGCAACGGCGAGCCGUCCGAGGGGAGCAGAGACACCCCCGGGGCCCGUGACGGGGACACCGACAGCGUCAGCACCAUGGUGGUCCACGACGUGGAGGAGAUAGCCGGCGCCCAGACCCCCUAUGGGGGCGGCACCAUGGUGGUCCAGCGCACUCCCGAGGAGGAGCGCAGCCUGCUCCACGCGGACAGCAACGGUUACACGAACCUCCCCGACGUGGUGCAGCCCGGCCACUCGCCCACCGAGAGUGGCAAAGGUCACAGCCCCCCCUUGAAGGACGGAGGCGGCGACUACCAGUCUCGCGGGCUGGUGAAGGCCCCCGGUAAGAGCUCAUUCACGAUGUUCGUGGACCUAGGGAUCUACCAGCCUGGAGGCAGCGGGGACACCAUCCCCAUCACAGCCCUGGUUGGGGGGGAGGGCAGCCGGCUGGAUCAGCUCCAGUACGACGUGCGGAAAGGCUCUGUGGUCAACGUGAACCCCACCAACACCCGUGCCCACAGCGAGACCCCCGAGAUUCGGAAGUACAAGAAGCGGUUCAAUUCAGAGAUCCUCUGUGCGGCCCUAUGGGGUGUCAACCUGCUGGUGGGCACGGAGAACGGCCUGAUGCUGCUGGACCGAAGCGGGCAGGGCAAGGUGUACGGGCUCAUCGGGCGGCGGCGCUUCCAGCAGAUGGACGUGCUGGAAGGGCUCAACUUGCUCAUCACCAUCUCAGGCACGCGGGGUGCACGUGGGGCGGGGGCGCACGUGGGGCGGGGACCCCCGGGCUCUCUGUUGCCCCCUGCAGCCCGGGCGGGGGGGGGGGAGGUGGGGCGUCCCGUGGCGGCCCCUGUGGGGUGUGGACGACUGAGGGCGGUGGGCGCUGGACCUCCGGUGAGGGCUGUGUGUCCGCUCUCAGGGAAAAGGAAUAAACUGCGGGUGUAUUACCUGUCUUGGCUCCGGAACAAGAUUCUGCACAACGACCCAGAAGUGGAGAAGAAGCAGGGCUGGACCACCGUGGGGGACAUGGAGGGCUGUGGGCACUACCGCGUGGUGAAAUACGAGCGCAUCAAGUUCCUGGUCAUCGCCCUCAAGAGCUCCGUGGAGGUGUACGCCUGGGCCCCCAAGCCCUACCACAAGUUCAUGGCCUUCAAGUCCUUCGCCGACCUCCCUCACCGCCCCCUGCUGGUCGACCUGACAGUGGAAGAGGGUCAGCGGCUCAAGGUCAUCUAUGGCUCCAGCGCCGGCUUCCACGCCGUGGACGUGGACUCGGGCAACAGCUACGACGUCUACAUCCCCGUGCACAUCCAGAGCCAGAUCACGCCGCACGCCAUCAUCUUCCUCCCCAACACCGACGGCAUGGAGAUGCUGCUCUGUUACGAGGACGAGGGUGUCUACGUGAACACCUACGGGCGGAUCAUCAAGGACGUGGUGCUGCAGUGGGGAGAGAUGCCCACCUCUGUGGCCUACAUCUGCUCCAACCAGAUCAUGGGCUGGGGCGAGAAAGCCAUCGAGAUCCGCUCGGUGGAGACCGGCCACUUGGACGGCGUCUUCAUGCACAAACGGGCCCAGAGGCUCAAGUUCCUGUGCGAGCGGAACGACAAGGUGUUUUUCGCCUCAGUGCGCUCCGGGGGCAGCAGCCAAGUUUACUUCAUGACGCUGAACCGUAACUGCAUCAUGAACUGGUGAUGGCGCAGCCGUGCCCACAGCCAGACCCCCCCAGGCCGCCCUUCUUUCCCCUCCCCGGGCUUUUGCUUUUGACUGGUUUGAUUCACUGGAGCCUGCUGGGAACGUGACCUCUGACCCCUGAUGCUUUUGUGAUCACGUGACCAUCCUGUCUCUCUCUUGCCCCUCCCCCCCCAUACGUUCUUCUCUCCAGAACUGUGCCUGUCCCGAUUCCGGGGAGAGGUACAACUUCCCCUUCCCCGGAAUCGGGAUGGCCGAGCCCCACCCCCCUUUUCUCCGCUUCAGAGGAGAGUGCUUGGGGCGUGGACCCCGGACCCCACUGCUGCUGACCGGGCAGGGCCCUGGGCCCCUUCAUUUGCACGUCAGGGGAGCCGGCUCCCCCCUUGAAUGUACCAGACCCUGGGGGGGGUCACUGGGCCCUAGGUUUCAGGGGGGUUGCCCGCCACUCCAGGGGCAGGGACCAUUUCCUCAUUUUCUGAAAGCACUUUAAUGAUUCCCCUCCCCCCAAACCCCAGGGACUGGAGGGGGGACCCCGCCAGCCAAAACAUUUCCCCCUUUCCAACCCCAUUUCUUUCUAGCCUCUGUCCUUCCCUGGUGGAGGGAGGGAGCAGGGAGCUCUCGCCCCCCCACCCCGCACCCCCUUGCUUGCCUCUGUAUAUAGUGUGAGCAGCAAGUAGCCCCACCCGCCCGCUCCUCCUCAAUGUAGUGGCCUUGGAUAUUCCGUUUGUUAAUAAAGACAAUUCAACCAGCUCCUA